UUGAUUUGUUGAUAUUGUUGAUUUAUUUGUUGUGGAUUAAGAUCUGCUGCUAAAUUAUUUAAAUGGCUCAGUGCAGUGAGUGCAAGAAAAACUUUUCCAAUGAUUAUAAUUUGAGAGUUCAUGUAAAAAGAAAACAUGCAGAUAAAUUAGACAUUCUAUGUCCAAGAAAAAGAAAACCCUCUGGGUCAGGUGUUAAUGAAUGCAAAGAGUGUGGCAUAAAUUUUACCCGACUUGAUAAUUUGAGAUCCCACAUUAAACAUAAACAUUCAGAAGCUGCAAUAAAAAGUCAAAAAUGUAGUGAUAAGAAGGUGGCGGAGCAAGAAAUUGGACGAUGGUUGAGGAGAGCCGGGGAAUGCUUAAAAACUUUCAAGGAAAAGGAAUCAGAAUAAAAAUUGAAUUUAUUUUUUUUAAAUAAUAAAGAUAUAUUCGCCUA